AAGUACAUUCACGCGCGUAUAAAUAUAAAUCUACGUUCGCAUUACGUUACCGGAAUUCCCCGCGCCAACUUUGAAGGUUAACGUUAAAUUUUCGCCGCCACGGUUCCUCUGAGCGUUUCCUGCCCAGCGCCCUGGGGUAGUAGUACCCUCACCCGCGCCGCGCCAGCUAGCUUUGGAAUUAGCGAUCGAGUCGUCAGUUCUCAUGCGGCCUUCUCUUUGAUUUUCCGACAUCGAGUUCGACUCAAGAGUCAUUUGGUUUGAAGUUUUACUCGAUUGUCGAGGCAGAACCAGAGCCUGAGGCAAACAACAGUCACUAAGUCAAAGAAGCUUCAUCCUACGAUAAGGUGAACUGCGAUUUCAGCUUUGCUGUACAUGCUAAAGCAGAGAUCAAGUCGAGCAAGAGUGUCUGGGGACACUGUAAAACAUGGAAUCCAAAGAGUCAUCAAGGUCAAAGUUCACUCGACUGAGUCGACAGAGAGAAGGAGAUCAGAGGAGUAUUUCUGCAUCCUCUGGAGCCCUUUGUGACUUUUUAUUAUCCGGGUUCAGGGAGGAGCAUGAGAAGAAGGAACUUAUGAAGAAGAUCCGAGCAUUGGGUGGAAGAGCAAAAACUGAAAAGACCUAUGUUGUAGGGUGCACCCAUGUCAUCAGCUACAAACCAAUCAGAAGUGAGAAGUUUCUCUGCGGAGUUGCAUCAGGAAAGUGGAUCCUGAAGCCAGAAUUCGUCACAGACAGUUUCUCCAGGGGCAAAUGGCAGGCAGAGUCCAAGUAUGAGUGGAGCGAGGGCGAUGCGUCGGAGAACGUCCUACCGGGUCUCCUGAGGGCUCCAAGGCGAUGGAGGAAGAAGGUCACCGCCAGCGGACAUGGAGCCUUCCACAGCUGGAACAUACUUCUCCAUGUUACUAACCGCAACAAUAGAGAUGCAGUUUAUAGAAGAGUUCUUGAGGCGGGUGGAGGGCAGUGUGUCAAAGGGACUUUCCCCAUCAAGGAACCCGCUAGACUAGUGCCUUCGGUCACUCAUGUCAUCGUGGACAAGUGCCAUGAGAAGGAUGUUCAGUGUCUAGAAGAAAGAGGCAUCCCUUGUCUCCUUCCAGAGUUCAUUGCGGAGUAUCUCUUUCAGGAGAAUCCGAACAUGACCCAGUAUCAUGUAACCAGUGCACUGAUGACUCCCACACAAACCUUGAGACAGACGAACGUCGUGGUAUCUACAGUCAGCGCUAAGAAAGACCAUGACACAUUCCUGAAGCCAAACCCACGGGCAAGAUCUCAAGGAAAAAAGAUCAACACUUCAGGAAGAGAAGGAGAUACCCCCGGAUCGACGAUGAGCAUGGCAGAGGAGAGUACCUCCAGUGACCCUGGGAGGGGUGUGAAAAGGAAGCUUCACUUUUCGCCCAAUCAGCUGAGGGAGGCACUGCAAAUAUUAAAAAAGAGAAAGCUCUCAUCUCAGCACCUUCCUCUGGUACCAUACACAAUGCUGAUCCCUAGACCUAAGAAAACAUUCCAGUGUGCUAGCCACGUCUGCCCAUCGAUCCCAUUCUCAGCCAACAUCUGUAACUCCAUCGAGGCCAACAUAGAGGAGUCCCAUUGGUUAGAUGCCCUGUCGUGUAUAGGGUCCUCCAUCUCCACCCUUCAAUACCCUCCUCCGCACAUGCUCUACAGCAUCAUGCAACACAUCCUCCUGUGCCCGAGCCUGAUGAUCUGUCGUUCAGCAGUGCACAUCUUAAAGCAGGUCCUAUGUCUGCACAGUCCUGCCUGCUACGUGUCGCUACGAGGGCUCUACCUUGAUUCCAUGAUCCAACCUCAAGGGGUCUUCAAAAUGCCGUACCAAUAUGAACACUGGAACUUUGUGGAUGCUGUCAUAAGGAGAGCCUUAUAUGGUCAGAAUGUCAUCCAGGAUGUCAAAGAGCAUGAGGAUGAAGAGGCUGUCAAGGUUGCCAUGGAAACUGGCGAGAUGCUUCUACACUUCCUAGUGUCGUUGUUUGAAGAGGAUUUCAUGGCUUCUGCCAGGAGGACCAGUGAAGGUACAGAGAAAGAGAAAGGUCCAUCCCGGUGCAUCCUAGCCCAGAUCCUGUGGCCAUCUGUCAUGGAGCAAACCUCCAGGAAGGUCCCCAACAACGUUCAGAGGCUCAUGACUAAAUUCAUACAAGCAGUCAAGAUGGCUGCCAAGUGUGAUGAUUGGGUGCCAGUGACGACUCUCUUGUCGACCCUGAUGCUGAUAGCAGCAGAGAUCCACGUAGCGUUUGGAGAGCUGCCAGGAAACAAGAACUCAGAGAAAGGAAGGAAAGAGUUUGCAGAGGCACUAGCCUCAAGAGCAAAAAAAGAGGAUAUUCUAGCGACCAGGUCGGGUCAGGAGAUGUUCCUCUCCAUGCUGAAACCAAGCUGGCUGUGUAUGGGUGUGGCAGAGUGUCUCCUGCAUAACUACGAUGAUCAACUCCUGGAUGGAGACCGGACCUUCUGGGUGGGCCAGCCACUGACCAUGAGGAAGAUUGUUUCAUACUACUUCUACCUGGUCCCACCUACUGCUGGUCCUGUCCAGAAGGAAGAUACUGGAAUGAGUAAAAGCAGCCCUCUCCAGACUAUCAGCAAUCAGCAGCUGACAUCUAAGAAUGGUGUGUUGUCACCAAAAUCCUCACCCAGGAAGACCAAUGUGAACCGCAAGAAUCCUAAAGGGGAAACACCGCUCCAUGUAGCAUGCAUCAAGAACAACAUUGCCAGAGUUAGGGAGUUGCUGAGUGAACCUGACAUCGAUGUCAAUGCCCGGGACCAUGCAGGAUGGACACCUCUACACGAAGCCUGUAACCAUGGACACACCGGCUGUGUCGAAGAGCUUCUGAAGUUCGCUUCUGGAAAAGGAAAGAUUACAAGUACUGAGAGUAGAAGCAUGCAAACACUAGACUUGCUAGCAGCUCCAUCUGAAUGUGGGACCACACCCCUUCAUGAUGCGGUCACUAAUAAUCGUAUAGAAGCGGUCAAGCUUCUGGUAGAGGCUGGAGGGAGGAGUCUACUUACUGUUAAGAACAAGGCAGGGUCUACUCCAGGUGACUUGGCUAAGACAGACGCCAUCAAGGAAGCUAUUCUAGGUCAAAGGUCAGAGGUCAGCAGAUUGCUUGUCGUUGACCAAGAGAAUGAGAACAAUUCUCGCAGUAGUAUCUCUCAUCCUUCACCAAAAUCCUCACCCAGGAAGACCAAUGUGAACCGCAAGAAUCAUAAAGGGGAAACGCCGCUCCAUUAUGCAUGCAUCAAGAACAACAUCACCAGAGUACGAGAACUGCUGAAUGAACCUGACAUCGAUGUCAAUGCACGGGACAAUGCAGGAUGGACACCUCUACACGAAGCCUGUAACCAUGGACACACAGCCUGUGUCGAAGAGCUUCUGAAGUUCGCUUCUGGAAAAGGAAAGAUUACAAGUACUGAGAGUAGAAGCAUGCAAACACUAGACUUGCUAGCAGCUCCAUCUGAAUGUGGGACCACACCCCUUCAUGAUGCGGUCACUAAUAAUCAUAUAGAAGUGGUCAAGCUUCUGGUAGAGGCUGGAGGGAGGAGUCUACUUACUGUUAAGAACAAGGCAGGGUCUACUCCAGGUGACUUGGCUAAGACAGACGCCAUCAAGGAAGCCAUUCUAGGUCAAAGGUCAGAGGUCAGCAGAUUGCUUGUCGUUGACCAAGAGAAUGAGAACAUUUCUCAUCGUAGUAUCCCUCAUCCUUCACCAAAAUCCUCACCCAGGAAGACCAAUGUGAACCGCAAGAAUCCUAAAGGGGAAACGCCUCUCCAUGUAGCAUGCAUCAAGAACAACAUCGCCAAAGUUAGGGAGCUUCUGAAUGAACCCGACAUCGAUAUCAAUGCCCGGGACAAUGCAGAUUGGACACCUCUUCACGAAGCCUGUAACCAUGGACACACGGCCUGUGUCAAAGAGCUUCUGAAGUUCGUUCCUGGAAAAAGAAAGAUUACAGGUACAGAGAAUGGAAGGCAAACCCUUGACUUGCUAGCAGCGCCCUCUGACUGUGGGACCACACCCCUUCAUGAUGCGGUCAACAACAAUCAGAUAGAAGCGGUCAAGCUUCUGGUAGAGGCUGGAGGGAGGAGUCUACUGACUGUUAAGAACAAGGCAGGGUAUACUCCUGUUGACUUAGCUCAGACAGAGGUCAUGAAGGAAGCCAUUCUAGGUCAAAGGUCAGAGGUCAGCAAAGUGCCUGCCAUUGAUGAAAAGAAUGAGAACAAGGAGAAUUCUCCCCAGCCGCACCCCAGCAAGUACCGCCAGCUUCUUGGCCCUCCUUUCGCCAGCACUCUAGGCUAUGUGACGGAGGAGGAGUGUGAGGCGUUUGCCAGUAUCGUCAUGGCGAUGCUGCAGAGCUACGUCAGGUCACAUGACCUUCAUCGGGUGAAGGCGGAGGUGGAUAUCAUCAAGGGCCAGAAGAGGCUGGUGAACAACCUUCAAGCGAAUGGGGUAAAUGCCAGCGUCAGUGAAACCACACCUUUCGUAUCGGUGGUUGGCUCCCCUACCUUCACCAAGGCCAGCCUUCCUCUCUCCCCUAGCCUCCGAGGUCCAGUUUACUCUGAGAACUGUUCCAGCCUGGGUCCACUGCUGGAAGACAUGGAGGUGUUCAUGGAACUGAGCCGUCACACGGAGGGGUUCAAGGCCCAUCUCCGUCAGAUCGCCCCCAGCCAGGAGACGCCGUCUUCGUCAAAGGCCACGGUCACGCUACGGGUGACGCGGUCCAUGAGGUUGAUCACUCAUCUAUGUGCUGUGGUGAGCUGAGGAGUCUGAAGAUAGAAGUACAGGGGGCCAUUUCACACCGCUUUUUUUCAAUGACAAAAAUCAGUGAGAAAUCUGUUGAUAACUAAUCAGAAGCAAGGAUUUGAGUAGCUUAUAGCAAAAACUGUCAUUUGUCACUGAUGACAAGUUCUGUGAAACGCCCCCCAGGUCUUCCUUGAAAUGGUUUGUUGACAUCCAGGGUAUACCGGUAUGUAAUUCAUUGCUGCCAUAUAUAAGUCUGUAAGAGUUCAGAC